GCAGCAGGGUGUACUGUCAGAUUUCUAAUAUUACUGAUGUGUUUAUGGGCUUUUUUGAUUCAUUGCUGGUGUUGAACACCAGUGUGAAAUUAUUCAAAGCAUCGUGCAUGUUGGCAGCAAUAGACAGUUGAAGUUGCUGCUAAAUUUCCUCACUUUGGCUACUACUGUCAACAAUGGUCUGGUCCAGGGUUCACUUCUAAUGUCAACAUAAAAUAUUGAUUAAAGAACCCCAAGGUUGAAACAUUCAGAGAGGAAUGUUCAUAGAUCUAUGAGAGUUUGUAAGGAAACUGCACAGAUACAUCUAACACCUUUAUGUGGGGUUUACCGUGUGAAGAGUGCCGGGCAUUCCUGAGCCUCUUCCACCCCGAGGCCAACAGAAAACCAGUUUGUCUGUAUGUUAACCCACGUGUGUUGUUGUUGUAGCCAUGGAUGGUGUGUUGGAAGGAGCGGCCGUGUUGUGUGCGUUUAAACUGGCCUGCAGUCUGUUCUUCCUGCCCUCGCUGGCCGAUUCCCACAGUCCCGUCAGCUUCUGUUGCUGCUGCCUCCUCUUCUUUACCGACUUCUUGGUUGCAGUUUUUCUGACUUUCCUCAGCGUCUUUGAACCCUGGCUGACAGUUCAGACCUCAUUUGGUGAUCUUAUUGCCCUGCGCUUCCUGCUCUUCCUCAGCCACACAUACGGCAUGAUGCUGCUCCUGACCGCACCACUGAUCGCUGUGGAGACCCUGACCAGACUGCUGUGGCCUCCAUGUACAGUCGCUCAUCGGACAGAAGGUCAAGCUGCGGAUGAUGGACUACAGUGUUAUGUCUGGGAGAAAACUGUGGAAAAGGAGGAUACACACAAAGAGAAGCGGUUUUCUCAUGUUGUCAGCUACCUGUGCUGCUUGUCAGUGUGGGUCGUUGUUGCCUUCAAUAUCAGCUGGCGAUGGAAGCGAGAGGAAAUGUUGGCUUCUUCCUGUUUGCACUCGACCAACUCGCUCAUGAGGUGUUUGCCUAACCUGCUCAGCCCCAUGCCGAGCUUUGUGAACCCCUGCUGGGGCAUGGCCUUCCUCUCGCUUCUCAUGCUCCUCCUCACCACCAGCAUAAGCCUGGAUAGACGACACGGGGCCCCUGCUUGUGUGGGACAAGAAAAAUACAGAGGAAAAAGUGGCAUUGGGGAUAGCAGUGACAGAUACUGGCAAGACUUUGUUCUAGUUCCCUCUGCUGAGCGUGUGAGCCCUUGCAAGUCAGAACCAGGGGCAGUGCAGUGUGUUGACCCAGAGAAAACAGAAAGCAGCUGCACUGUCCACAGAACCUAUUCCUGGAACAGCAUGCAGAUGUCAACAAGUCACCAUGGAGACUUUGUCCUUAUCCCACCCGAUUUUAUAUCUGCAGGGAAGGGAGGACAGGAGUAUGGGAGGACAAAGAGAGGUAUACUUCUGACAUUUAUAGAAGAAAACCACGUGGACUCAGAACACAGGAGCCAGUUUUGUCGGGGACAAUGGGGUUUUCCCUGCCUCGGGGUAGAUGUAAUGAUAGGGUUUGUGGGAGUGCUCUCUAUCUUUGUACUGCCUCUAAAUCUCAGCGUGAAUAUCCUUCUGAUCAGGACUAUUGAGACUCUGCUUGAGCUUUGUAUCAAAUAUUUAGUUUCAUCCGCAGCAAACACAAACAACACAUCCACCUUACACAAUGAAACACUUCUAUAGAAUGAAACGUCUGGGAAGCAGAAAUUGGACGCUGAUAGGGCGCUGUUUGCAACAAGAACACCAGAUUAAUAUUGCAUGUGUGCAGACGGCAGGUCUACCCGUCAACAGUGGUUUGAACAGAAGGUAAAUAAGCAAUUCUGAGCAGCUAUUCACACGUUGAAUAAUAUGCUAAAAGUGCUGAAAGGUGCUGAAGAGGCAGGUAGAGGCGUGCUUGUUACAAAGACACUAAACCAGGCUGAAACAGACAGCUGGAAGGCCUGCUUUUAUUGCGCAGAGCCUUAAGAUCUGCAACGAUUUGUCAUUACACAAUGGGUUACAGAACAAGCCUCUCUCUCAUUUGAAUAAGACGGAUCCAGAGGCAAACAGUGUUUUGAAAGAAGCCAUAUGAAGUGUGCUGAUGCUGCAUGACAUAAACCCUGAAUACAGCAUUGUAUGAAUAAUUAUUGUGCCUGUGACUCGAGGGUGUGCUACAGAUUUUGUUUGUCUUUUUUGUAGUUUUGUCUCUGUUCUUCAUAAAGCAGAUGCCCUCUGCUGUGCUUCCCCUCAAAGAUUACACUUGAACCAGUACAUUUGGUAAAGUACUGUAAUGACGGGAAUUCAAUGUACUUGAACUUUGCAUAUGUUUUCGGUUACGUUAUGACUCUAGUGCACUAUUUUCUAUGAAUAUAUUUGGCUCUUUGCUCUGUUAUGUGCUGUAGAACUUUCCAUUGAAGUUUACGAAUUUAUUAAAAACAGAUUAUGAUAAUAAAACAUGUCAAAUGAA